GUGGUAUGUUCUGGUUCUGAAGCUCUUUAAUUCAGUUUGUCGUGAAAGUUUGCUGUUUUUAAGUCAACUCAACUGAAAGAAGUGGUCUCUUUCAGUUCGAUGGCCUCAAUGCAGCCCAGUUCUCAAACCAAGGAGGCUUCUUCAAAAUCGGCUCAUCUGGCACAGACGCUGAUGUGCAUCCGUUUAAUGGAAGCAAACGAACCUUCAGCUGUCUCCUUUGAAAACAAAUGCAACCCAUUAGAAUGCUCACAACGGUAUGAAAAACACUGGGAUAACAAAAAAAAGAAAGACUUUCUGAUCAAAACACAAGAGAUUAUCUUCACUAACUUCACCAUUUUCUGUGUGUUCUGUGACAUGGUUCCUAGGACCUUUCCAGAAAACUCUUUGAUAGUCCGUGAAGCUCUGAGGAUGAACAUGCCUCGGCAUCUUGUCCUCAUAAGGGUCCAGAAAAGGCUUCAAACCAUUGGUUCAAAUUACACCGACCUAAAAGAUCUGGUCGCAGACCUGUUUGAAGAAGAUGGGGUCCCUUCAUCACUGGACCAGGAAGUCCCCAUGGAGACAAACCAGCUGGAGGAGGCGAUGAUGAUGAACAGCCUGGUGGUGAAGAAGGCCCUCAGACUGGGCGUGCCCCCUGACCUCAUCACACCGCUCCUUCGGGCCAAAAUAUUAAGCAGCGGCGCCCCCUACUGCGACGUCCAUGAACUGCUCACAGAUGUGAACAAGAAUUAGAUUAAAACUACUAGUUUAUCAAUAAAAAUUCAGGCAACUACAUUGUGGUGAUAGUGUCUUACAGAAAAAAAGUGUUUUUUCCAAGCUAAACAUUGAGGUUAAAAAAGGAUAAUGUGGCGAGUUAGCAUGGCAAGAUUACAAACUGAAGAAUGCAACGUUUGGUCACAUGACUCAAGAGCAAUUACAAAACAUAAAGACUAAUUUUCCUGUUGGUUUCUUUAGGGCCUGUAGGGUUUCCUUAUUUUAUAUAGGUACACUUCUUGCUGCUUCCACCAAGGUGUUUGUACCAUUUUUACCACCGCCUAGAAUCAUUUCUGUCAUGCUGGUGAAGUUGGUGAAAACAUGUAAUGCAAUAAAAUCACAUCUUCAACAAAAUGAGAAGG